AUGCGAAUCCGCUAUCCUUUCGCGGGCGCGUUUGUCUUCCUCCUCAUCAUCGCCGCCUAUAUCGGACUUCUCCCCCACAGCGAUUCGUCCAGUAUACCGUCCCAACUCCAACCCAAUGACAAAUUCCUCCAUGUCGUGACCUUUUUCCUCCUCUCUCUCGUCUUCUACUGGAUUCCCGACACCUCCCGCCGCCGCACUCUACACCUGACCCUCGUUGUCUGCACUCUCAUUCUCGGCAUCGGCUCCGAGAUCGUCCAAGGCCUCCUCCCCAACGGCCGCAUCUUCGACCCCUUCGACCUGCUCGCCAACAUUGUCGGCAGCUUGGGCGCUGUCGGUUUAUGUAGCUGGUACCACCGCCGCAUGCUCGACCGGCGCCGCAAGGCCCGCUUCGGCACCCUGGGCGGCGACGGCGGCGACGACGUAGAACUGGGAUUCGCCGGCGAUCACCACGAGGACGAAGACGGCCUGGGCCCGCAGGAGACGGGUGUUCUGAACCUGGAGCAGGAGGUGGACAACUGGGACGAGAACGCCGUGGACAAUUGGGAUACGGAGGAUGGGCCGGACGAGCUGGCCGGCACGACGACUGCCGCCGAGGAUUUCAAGCGGUCCUCGCCGGGAGACGGGGAUGGGAAGAAACGGAGUGAUUGA